AUGAGUGAGAGUGAGCAGGACCCUUACAUGGCAAGGGCUGCAGAGGAGCAAGCUCUCAGAGAAAGUGCAGCCUUGGAACCAUUUUCCGCAAAAGAGCAGGGAUCUGGCAGGCCUGCAUCGUCUGAAGUGGAUGGAACUGCGGCAGACCUUCUUUGCAGAAACGCAAAGAAGACCAUUUCCAAAAAGCGAGUGAUAGCUACAUACGGUCGCUACAAAGAUUGCAGUGAAUGGCAAGAACAUGACGGAGGACUUUCGUCAGCAGAUGGCGCGCUUCGAUUGGACCUCAUUGACUUGGUUUCCACAGAUGACAAGAUUCAUCUAGCGUGGGCGUGGACUGAGUUUGCUCGGUCCUUGCCAGAUCUUCCCCAGGAGUGGAAGGACACCAGUGCGAAUGAGGAUCGUAUGCAUCAUUCAGUGUGCCAUGUGGAGCGUGGGAUUUGCAAAUUGAAUCCAUUUGCAGGUUCAGCAACGAAAUUGGUCCACAGCUUCGCAGACUUAGUCUCUGAUGGUGAUGAGAGUCAAGUUGAGGAAAUGGUUUUGGACCCAAAAUCAAAAGAAGAAGAGCGUCAGCAGCAGCUGGUGAUGAGAAGCCAUCAGAAGCUCAUGGAGCUACGGCAUGGUCUGUUUUGCCCACGGGGUGAACCACCCGCUUCAGAAGCAGAGGCGGCAGCGCCACCUUCCAGACCGCCAAAUCCUUCAAGUGGCUCACGUGGACCAACAUUUUGCAAUUCGGAGUUGGGCCUUGUGGAUGCUGGGGUCCAAGUGUCAGGGAAAUUGGCACAAUGUCGACAUUGCAACAGCAAAAUUCCGAAGGGCAGCACACGCUUCGCCUACUCGUGGAAACGCCAGAAGUUUGCAUCAUGGCUCCAUGUAAGUUGCACUGUGCCCCACCUGCAACAGGAGAAAGCCAGCAUCCCACAAGCCUUGGCAUUCCUUGCUAGAAUGAAGGAGAAAGAAGACCUGUUGCCACAAGUAACGGAG